UGUCAAGGGCAUGUAUGAGGGGAUCAAGCAGGUGCUGGGCCCUAUAUAGAGAAAAACUGCUCCUCUGAAGUCUGCCACAGGAGAGGUCAUUCAGGAUUGAGUAUAGCAGAUGGAGAUUUGGGUGGAGCACUACUCUGAGCUGUACUCACAGGAAAACAUGGUCACUGAGGAUGCCCUGAAUGCAAUUGAGUGUCUGCCCACUUUGGAGGAGCUUGACAGAGAACCUACCCUCUCGGAACUCGAUGAGGCCCUCGGCGCCCUUUCUUCUGGAAAGGCCCCAGGAAAAGACAGCAUCCCAGUCGAAGUUUUGAAAUGCUGCAAGGGUCCCAUUCUGCAAGAGCUACACAAUAUCCUGUGCCUCUGCUGGAGAGAGGGCAAAGUCCCACAAGACAUGAGAGAUGCAAACAUAGUCACCUUGUACAAGAACAAAGGAGACAGAAGUGACUGCAAUAACUACCGCGGUAUCUCACUCCUCAGCACUGUCGGGAAGCUUUUUGCCAGAGUUGCACUUAAAAGACUACAAGUCCUCGCGGAGAGAAUCUAUCCAGAAUCGCAGUGCGGGUUCUGGAGGAACAGGUCCACCACUGAUAUGGUCUUCUCCUUGAGACAGCUGCAGGAGAAAUGCAGGGAACAAAGACAGCCCCUCUACAUCGCUUUCAUCGACCUCACAAAGGCUUUUGACCAUGUCAGCAGGGACGGUCUCUUCAAAAUCCACCCAAAGAUUAAAUGUCCUCCAAGGCUCCUCAGCAUCAUAAGGUCCUUCCACAAAAACAUGAAGGGCACAGUGGUCUAUGAUGGUUCUACUUCAAGAGCAUUUGACAUCCGAAGUGGAGUGAAGCAGGGGUGUGUCCUCGCCCCCACCCUAUUUGGAAUCUUCUUUUCCAUCCUGCUAAAGCACGCCUUCGGGUCCUCCACUGAAGGCAUCUACCUUCGCACCAGAGCAGAUGGAAAGCUGUUCAAGCUCUCCAGACUGAGGGCGUUGUCUAAGGUGCAGUUGAAAUGCCUGCGUGACUUCCUUUUUGCAGACGAUGCAGCAAUCACCACUAACUCAGAGGGCGACCUUCAGCUGCUCAUGAAUCGCUUCAGUGAGGCUUGCUGCGACUUUGGGCUUACAAUCAGCUUAAAGAAAACUCAGGUCAUGGGACAAGGUCAUGGUCCAUGGAAUCAGACCCAGGAUCAUCUUGCUGUGAGGUGAUAGUGCUACCCACUGAGCCACCCUGCCACCCCCAGUCACAUGAUGAAGAGCACCCCAACAAUCAUCCUCCUCACUUUAACAUUCCUGUGCAGAGCUGAGUGUGUUUGUGGGAACACAGUCGAACACAUGGUGCAGGAAUGGGACAGGUAUCGAAAUGAGUGCCUAGGAAAUAUCAGCUCAGAGCUUACCCCACCAGGAAUGUGCAGACGAAUGUUUGAUAUGUAUGCAUGCUGGCCAGAUGGGCUGCCAAACACCACAGUCAAAGUUCCAUGUCCCUGGUAUUUGCCCUGGUAUGAUCAAGUGCAUAAUGGGUUUGUCCUGAGGGAAUGCGGCCCAGAUGGCCAGUGGCACACCAACAACACCAGUCCUACCUGGAGAGAUCACUCACAGUGCAAUGCAGACGUAACCAACCACAAAGAACAAGAGAACAAAAAACAGAUCCUAGUGUACUUUAGGGUGAUGUACACAGUUGGGUACUCUUUAUCCUUGAUCAGCCUUUCUCUGGCAUUCAUCAUAAUACUUGUUUUUAGGAAACUACGCUGCAACCGCAACUAUGUCCAUGCCAACUUGUUUGCUUCUUUCAUCCUGCGUGCGCUGUCUGUUCUUAUACGUGAUGCCCUCCUCACCAAAGAUCUUCCUCAGUUCAGAAACAGCAGUGACGUGUCCAGUGUUUUCAGUGACCAGGCACUACCAGGCUGCCGCAUAGCUCUAGUAAUCACACAGUACUGUGUAGGGGCGAACUACUUCUGGCUGCUAGUGGAGGGCCUGUACCUCCAUAACCUUUUGGUACUAAUAGCAUUCUCUGAGAACAGCUACUUCUGCGCCUACAUUUUCCUUGGUUGGGGCACUCCUGUACUCUUUGUGGUGCCAUGGAUAGUAAUGCGUCUUCUGUAUGAAAAUACCAGGUGCUGGGAGAUCAAUGAUAACUUGACAAUUUGGUGGAUAAUAAGAGGUUCUACCCUCCUGGCUAUUUUUGUAAACUUUUUCUUUUUUAUAAGGAUUAUACAAAUCCUCAUCUCUAAACUAAAAGCACACCAAAUGAGAUAUACAGACUAUAGAUUCAGGUUGGCUAAGUCUACCCUGACACUCAUCCCUCUGCUGGGAAUCCAUGAGGUAGUGUUUGCUGUAAUGAGAGGGGAGCAGACUGAAGGUGUACUACCUUAUACCAGCCUCUUCUUUGAGCUCUUCUUUAAUUCAUUUCAGGGUUUUCUGGUGGCCGUUUUAUACUGUUUUGUGAAUAAAGAGGUGCAGUCAGAAAUCAAGAAAAAAUGGCAUCGAUGGAAGCUGGGAAUGAGCAUCCUAGAUGAUCAACGCAAUACUGGAUCCCACACAUUACAAGGGGUUUCUGGACUUCAGCACCAACAUGACCAGCCGUGCCAGCUGAAUUAUCCUGAGGAGGGUGAAAGCAACCAGUGCUUGGAGCCACAAAUGUCCUCUGUGCAGCUUUCCCUCAACCAGGGCAAGGUCUACUGCUACAUCUCUAACCAUAAGCAAGUGCUUAAUGGGAAUGAAAUGGAGAUGUCAGUGUUGGGCCAUUGUGAGUUGGAAGGAGCGAAUGGUUGCUCUGAUAGCUGCUGCUAAAAUGAAAAACAUCACAUGUGAAGUCACAUGACAUCUGCAUCAGUAUAUCUGUGGUAUACACAGCUAAAGCUGUGUCAUUUUAUGAGAGCUUUAAAUGCAGUGAAGAUUCAUCCAAGGAAGUUUUGCCUUACCAACAAUACAGAAAUGCAACUGAAUUAUUUAUAAUCAGCUGUAUUAAUACAUAACUUAAUGUUGUGGUUUUUUUUCUACCUCCUUACCCAAUUAUGGAUGAUACUGGCGAUAUGUAUUUUGUGACAUUGUGGACCAGUGUGUAUGUAAUAACUAAUAAUAAAAUGUGUUUUCUGAUAA